AUGACUAUCAGUAAAGACGCAGUUGACAAUCUCUCCUCGUCCUUCCCCAGGGAACGCAAAAGCAACUUCUACGACAGCAAGUAUUUGGCCGAGUAUUAUGAUCUCUGGACGCAAUCCAAGGGUGACGCAGUCGACCUCCGAUCGGAUGCCAAUGUCUACUUUUCUACGUUAAAAAUGAGCCUGCAAGUCCAUCAUAGAGGUGAACCCUAUACCAUCCUCGAUGUCGGCACCGGCACGGGGCGCGUACUCAUCAACCUGAGCGACGACGCCGCCGCCUCCGAUCUCGAUGUCUCUGAUGUCGAGCUCAUCGGGGUAGACAAGGAACAGACGAUGAUCGACCGGGCUCAAGCCGUGUACCUCGGUACCCCGUCAUUUAAAAAAUUCAGCCAUGUCUCCUGGGUGGUCGGAGAAGCCACCGGCCUCUCCACGCUCCCUGUUCUGUCUUCGAAGCAGGGCCAAAUUGAUCUGCUAUUAUUCGCGGUAGGAAGCAUUAGCCAUCUCACCAGUGUCAACGAGCCACAGCGCUUCUUCGCGGAAGCUGCUACCCUCCUGCGUCCCGGCUCAGGACGCGCAUAUAUCCCCAUUCAAUCCGAUCUGAUAUGUCGGGGCUCGCUGAGUGAAUGGAGACUCAAUGAGGAUACCUGGGCGGAGGUGCGGGAUACGGACGAGUUUGUCAGUCAGCUGUACCCGGGAGUUGUUUACAGGCAGUUUCCUAUCCACAGCUCUACUGUAAAGGAAGGAGUGAAGUAUGACAAGUAUAACUUUCAGGUGGUUGAGAGGGUUGGAUUGGAGGACAGGGUGGUUGAGAACAACGCUAUUGAGAUAUCUCUACGUAUUUGGGAGGUGUAUAAGCUGCUGCAAUGGGCACAGGAAGCAGGUUUGGUGUGUGUGGAAGAAUUCAAGAGUUCUCAUGAGGAUUACUUUGUUUUUAGAAAGGUUUGA